CAGGGUGAGAACAUUCCCGAGUUAAGACACCUUUUCUUAAGAUGAACGGCAUCCCACUCAAGUGACAAGUUGAUUGGAGAAGUAGUGUUUUGAGAUCGCCAUUCGUCAUGUUCAGCCACUCAUCCAUUGUGAUCUUUGGUGUUUUGAGUGUGAUUCAAUUCAGUGCCACAAUCUUGAUUGAUCCCUAUUUAAAUGACAUUGCUCAGGCUAUAAAUUUUGAGUUUCGACGUGAUUCGUAUCAAAGAUCUUUGGCAUCUGAGCCUGCAGUAAACCCUAUCACUAACCCAACUGAGGUCCGUCAAGAUAGUUAUGGACCCAUACUUCCCGUUCAAGAUCAGAUACUCGGCGAUGGUUCCAAUAUCGUCGAGACUAUAGUCCUUCCACCUGCGAAUUUGGAAUUGGAAAAGCUUAAUGAGGUGGAAACUCAGACUGGUGCGCCCAUGGCGAAGAUCAAAGAUAUGUUUCUUGCCAAGAGCUUAAAUGCAUCUGGGGAUCUUGACCGCUUAAAAUUGGUUAAGCGGGUUUUGGAGCAAAAACCCGUGAUGAAGGAGGGGGAUGGAAUUGUCAUCGUAACACCAACUCCUCAAUUGGAAUCCAAUCCAAAAGUGACUCACUCAGUUUCGAAAUCAGUUAAGAUUGUGAUUGGUGUUCCAAGCGUGUCCGAAAGUGGGAACAUGGUAGGAAGUAGCUCCAAAAUGAGGUCUUCGCCUCCCACGAAAGUUCCAACUAUUUUGCCAAAAACCACUUCAAAGUCCACAACCAAGGCCCCUAAACCACCAACUGACCCAACCAAGGUCUCGGAAUUACCCGUUCAAACCACUCUAUCGGCAAAGAGAAGGACAUCCAUCAAAACCACAACCUCGAGUAAAAAAUCUGGCCAUCAUAAAUUGAAGCGAAAGAAACUCCUGAAAAAAACAAUCCGGAGGAAAGAUGGGCCCACAGAGAGUUCAAAGUUCACCUAUUUUCCGGCCAGGCCCACUCGUUCCCAGGCCCGUUCAAGACAAAAUGGCCACACUAGUGCGAAUCGUUUUGGAGACAGGCCAACCAAAUCUUUCUCACCUUCACCAACCAUUCCCCCAAGAUACCAUGAGACCACAUUGCCAACCGCGCCCAAGAGAUUAGCGGAUCCAACCACGGCUCAAAAAGUGAGCGAGCUUUUGGUGGCCGACCCGUAUGAUAGCUACGAAUUCACGUCUGAGGAUGAGAGAAUUCAAGUGGCUAAAGAUUAUGAACCCCUCAUUGUUCCUGAUCCACUCCCGGCUCCACCACCCCCAAGUCCAAUACCUCCUGUACCAACAAACGCAUAUUCUUCCACUCGAUUUGAAAAGCACGAUUUCCCAACCUCUACCAUUUUCUCGACCCUCCCUUCAACCAAGUUUCAACCGUCCGUGAGACCUGAACCGACCCCGGUGGAAUAUCUUCAAGAACAGACUCUUGCCAAUAUUUUGGGAAUAAGUCAAGCCUUCGCUCCCUUGAAGCCAACAACGAAAGAGGAUUAUCCUCAGGAGCUACAAAUGUCGCAAUUUAAUCGCCACGACUUGUCAAGUCAUGCCCACUUCUAUGGUGAUGUCAUAGAACAAUAUGACGAUUAUCAUGGCAAUGAAGAGCUCCAAAAUCAUCCCAAGCCUCUUGACAGUAAUCGCGUGGUAAAGAGCAUUAAAGUGGUUAGCCCUUUUCGAUUGGUCGAUGAUUUGGAUACAGUAAUAGCCCCUGAGAAGGACUUCCACUUUGAACCAACGCUCAGGCCCCCACUAAGGCCUCUCCCCAAGAAUCCAAAUAAGGAGAAAAUGGACUCGGCAAAGCCGAAGGAAGAAAGACAAACAAUAGAUGAUCAACGAGAGGAGACCGUAAAUGGGCCGGAUUUAAGAAACUUUCCCCGAUUUCCAUACAACGAACUCCAAGAAUUGGAUGCCAAAGCCUUCUCACAUCUGGCUGACCAGGUUCAACAAGUUCACAAAGAAUCCUCAGGGCCAGAGUUCGACUUUGACCCUUCCAAUUAUGAACUGACCUUCGGCUCAUUUGAUGCAUAUAAAACUAAAGACCGUUUUCCCGAACUAGAUGAAGGCAUUUCCAAAUUUGGCGAUGUCAUGGGAUUUCCAGAAAACAACGAAGAAGAUAAUAUUUCCGCUCCACCACCUCCUAUGCCUUCAAUGAGGUCAAUUCCCAUUUUCCAGGACGAGAAUCUAGGGCCCAAAGACGAGAGGUCUGGCAACUUUGCUUAUAACUUCAACGAUUAUUCAGAUGAACCAUUUGUCCCAGACUAUGGGGACAGACUGGACUCUCUAGACAUUUACAAUCCUAGAGAGUUCGUUCAAACCCAAUCUUUUUUCCCACAAGAGAGUGGGAUCCAGGUACCCGAUAUCAAAAGCCACAACUUUCCAGGAAUAGUGCGACAUGUAUCCACCUACAGUAGAAGUAUUCCAUUUCCAAGUACUCAUCCAGAUGUGGAACAUGUGGUUGACUUUGGAGCUGCUAGUGGAGAGAAUGGAGCCUUUGGGUGGUACUCAGAUAGUCCUGUUGGUAGACGGAAAUAGAAUUGUCAUCUGGCAUAUCCGUGUCAUUUAAGGUCGUGUGUCGACUUGUGCAAACGUAAAACAGUAUUACAACCAUUUGAAAACCAUAAAAACCCGUUCUGACCCAUAAAACAUACAUGUUAGGUAUUUAAAAA